AUGGAAGUCCCCAACUUGCUCCCCGCCCCCAGCUUUUCCCCCGUCAGGUCUCUCCUCGUUUUAUUUCUUUCCAUUCUUCUCGCGUUCUGUACCUUUGUUUACUACCAUCGAUUUGGAUACUCUCCUCUCUCUUGCCCUCGUGGCUCCCAACCCUCCAGCAACACUCAAUCCCAGGGAGCUGCGGGAAAACGAGCUCGUCGUAAGAGGAAGGGGAAGGCGAAGGCGCGCUCCAAGGCCAUGGCUGCUGUGGGCAGUUCGAGCCUCCUCGACAACGGCGUGGAAGCUAUUCCAGUUCCCAUUUUGCACCCAAAGGCGACUCAUGCUGCGGAAGAGUCUCAGUCGUCCGAUUCUGCCCUCCUGGACCGCCGGUUGGAGCAUCUCAUGAUACCUAUUUUGGAGCCAGUGCGGAAUCCAGUCACCGCUCGUCAUGCAAGCCAAAACAACUCCCUCUCAGGUCGCAAAAUGGCAAAGACGGUUCCCUGGGAUGGUCAGUUUCGCUGGGCGAUCAAAGGAUGCAGCGUCUUCGACGACCAGCAAGAAGAAGCCAAUGCUCUCUACUACCCGCACAACCUCCUUUCUCGUGUACCUCUUUCGAAUCGCCUGGUUUUUCAGUACGGACUGCGUUACAUUCCCUCGAUGACUGAAACGAACAUCUACCGCACCGUGACGGUCGAGAACCUCCCUGCAAACAUCACGCUGAGCCAGAUGCUACUGAAUGUGUCCGGGGAGGUUUACUCCGCGCGCCUCUUUGAUACCAAGGCCAUCACGGGAUACAACACGGCGAUUGUAGUCUUCCUGUUGGAGAGCGAGGCGCGCACCUUUGUCGAGAAUGCUGAGGAAGGACUGCAAGUUGGAUCCGCCCUAGCCAAGGUUGCCCUCGUGAAUACUCCAACCUACCCGAUGCCUGCGGAAAUGGACAAUCUGGUGAACAAAGGAUACAGUCGAUGUCUCGUUGUCUCGGAGGUCAGCGCAACCAUCCAGAAGGACAUUUGCGGCGUGCUCAACAGAUCGGCCUAUCACUCGUACAUCGAAGGCGUCAAGGCUGGACCAUCUGCCGGCCAAGUUACUAUUCGAUUUCACUGCAUCAAGUCAGCAGCGGCGGUGUUGUCACUCCUCCAGGGACACCCCAACUUUCGGAAGUGCAGUGUGAGCUUUUUGAAGGAAAGUCAGGGCAAGUUGGUGUUGACGAAGGCGGGAUGA